AUGAUGUUUAUCCUCCAGGAGCUCGCGCGCAUUCUUGACCGGCCCUUUUUCCCAUGGAAGAAGAUCAUUGUGGGCUUCUCGCUAGGCCAGUAUCUCCUUGAAGGCUUCCUCUCUCUUCGACAGUACAAGAUCUUGCAAGCAACAAAGGUUCCCAAAGUCCUGGAGGGCGAGGUCUCCCAGGAAGUGUUUGAUAAGAGUCAGGCUUAUGGACGCGCAAAGGCAAAAUUCGGCUUCGUGAGUGGGCUAUACAGCCAGAUCCAGAACCUGGCAUUCAUCUACGGCGAUGUUCUCCCAAAAAUAUGGGGAGCAACUGGUCUUCUACUCGCGAGAUAUGCCCCCGAAGGCUUCAGAGGGGAGAUCACUCAUACCCUGCUGUUUGUCUUUGUUUUCAACAUCAUUACAACGAUACUGUCCCUCCCAACCUCGUACUAUAGCACCUUUGUCCUGGAAGAGAAGUUUGGCUUCAAUAAGCAAACCGUCAAGCUCUGGGUUAUGGACAUGCUCAAAGGCCAAAUGCUGACCGUCGUCCUCGGAACCCCCAUUAUCAGCGCUAUCCUGAAAAUCGUACAGACUACUGGCAACAGCUUCUUCUACUAUCUCUGGAUGUUUGGAAUCUUUGUCCAAUUGUUUGCCAUCACUAUCUACCCGAUUGCUAUCCUUCCUCUGUUCAACAAGCUCUCCCCACUUGAACCCGGCGUCUUGAAGACCUCUGUCGAGAACCUAGCUAAGCAGCUCAAGUUCCCGCUCUCCGAGUUGAACGUUAUUGAUGGAAGUAAAAGAAGCGCCCAUAGUAAUGCUUAUUUCUUCGGACUGCCAUGGAAGAAGCAUAUUGUUAUCUACGAUACCUUGAUUGAGAAGAGCGAAACUGAAGAGGUCGUCGCUGUUCUGAGCCAUGAACUGGGCCACUGGAGCUUGAGUCAUACCACGAAGCUGUUUGGAAUUGGGCAGUUCCACAUGUUCUAUAUCUUUGCCUUGUUCUCUGCCUUCGUUAACAACAAAUCGCUCUAUCAAGAUUUUGGCUUCUACAACGAGAUGCCAAUCAUGAUUGGAUUCAUCCUAUUUUCGGACGCACUCGCACCAACCGAUGCCAUCAUCAAAUUGUUGAUGAACAUUCUCAGCAGAAAAUUCGAGUUCGAAGCCGACGCGUUCGCCGUGAAAUUGGGUUAUUCCAAAGAAUUAGCAAGGUCUUUGCUGAAGCUCCAGAUUCAAAACCUUUCUACCAUGGAUGCGGACUGGAUGUACGCAAGCUACCAUUACUCGCAUCCAAUUCUUUCCGAGCGCCUUGCUGCCCUGGGUUGGAAGGGGGGCAAGAUCACCGGAGGAGAAAAAGAGCCGGUUGACUGCGAUAAGCCAGCCAAGGCAGCUGACAGAGAGCUAUAA